AUGUGUAAAAAGUCCACCCGGGCGCAUCUGCUGCUCCCUCGUGGGGGGCCCGUGGGGGGCCCGUGGGGGGCCGUGGGGGGCCGGGCCAACCCCGACCUGUGCCCCCAGGCCUGCGCCGUGGCGCUCAUCACCGUGGGAGUAGCGGCCCAGCUCUUCCUGAACCAGAUGGUCAGGGAGGGCGCCACCUCGGGCUCCCUGGUGCCUGUGGUCAUCAUCGCCGUGGGCGCCUUCCUCUUCCUGGUGGCCUUUGUGGGCUGCUGUGGGGCCUGCAAAGAGAACUACUGCCUCAUGAUGACGUUCGCCAUCUUCCUGUCGCUCAUCAUGCUGGUGGAGGUGGCGGCCGGCAUUGCUGGUUACGUGUUCAAGAACAAGGUGAUGUCGGAGUUUAGUAAGAACUUCCGGGAGAAGAUGCAGGAUUAUCCCAAGAACAAUCACACAGCUGAGUUCCUGGACCGGUUGCAGCAAAAAUUCCAGUGCUGUGGGGCCGAUAACUACACGGACUGGGUGAGCAUCCCGUCCAUGGGCAGGGACCACGUGCCCGACUCCUGCUGCCGGAAUUCUACCCCGCACUGUGGGGAGAAGUUCAAGGUGGAGGACAUCUAUAGGGAGGGCUGUGUGGAGAAGGUUGGGGUCUGGCUGAGGGAAAAUGUGCCGGUGGUGACUGGCGUGGCCUUGGGCAUUGCCGCCGUGGAGGCCCUGGGGGUUGUCCUGGCUUGCUGCCUCGUGAAGAGUAUUCGAAGUGGCUAUGAGGUGAUGUAGGGGGUCUUGUCUCCUCAGCCCCCUCAUCUCGGGGACUGGCGUUCCAGUUUUUCAAUUAAACAGAUUAUUUUUUCAGACUGAAAAGAGUCUCCGUGUGUCUUGAAGAG